AUGGUCGUCCUUGCCGCAUCUAUCGUCACAAAAUCGGGAAAACCGAUCAUUUCGCGACAGUUUCGCGAAAUGCCGCGCUCACGCGUGGAAUCGCUCCUUACCUCGUUCCCCAAGCUCAUCCCACCAAACUCACAGCACACCUCUGUCGAAACGCCAGAUGUGCGAUACGUGUACCAACCAUUGGAGGAACUAUACAUCCUGCUCAUCACCAACAAAGCCUCAAACAUUCUUCAGGACAUUGACACCCUUCAUCUCUUUGCCAGAAUCGUAUCCGACCUCUGCCGGAGCGCAGAAGAAAAGGAGAUUACGAGCAAACAGUUUGAGCUUAUGGGUGCAUUCGACGAAGUAGUCUGCCUAGGAUAUCGAGAGCCCAUCAAUUUGACCCAGGUCAAGAGCGUGUUGGAGAUGGAGAGCCACGAAGAGAAGAUUCAGGAAAUCAUCGCGCGAAACAAAGAGGCAGAAGCCAAAGAAGAGCUCAAGCGUCGUGCAAAACAGAUGGAAAUACAAAAGCGCGAAAUGCAGCGGCGAGCGGCACAUGGCGGUGGCGGAAUGGAAUAUGGAAACAGUGGCGGAUUUGGUACGGUUGCAAAUUCCGGCGGAUACUCGUCUGUGCCCCGAUUCGAUACGGCAUCACCCGUCCCCCGCACAGAGUCGCCUCAACCCAAAGCAAAGGCUCCCGCAUUCAAAGGGACCGGUAUGAAACUCGGCGCAACCAAAAAGGUCAAGCAGGCAGAAGUUUUGGACGCGUUGGGUGGCGAGCUCGCGACACCAGAUCGCUCGAGAGCAGGAACACCAGCUAUCCCAGCAGCCGCCUCGAUACAGCGCAUCUCUACUCCCUCAAAUCUUCCAUCUGUCACGAGAGAAGGAAUCCAUAUCCAGGUCAACGAACAAAUCUCCGUCGCAUUGGACCGUGAUGGCUCAUUGAAGAGCCUCGAUCUCAAGGGAGAUCUACAAGUCGAGAUUCAAGACAAGUCAGCUGGUCCAAUCCGUAUCAAGCUUGUCGAACCGGCGUCGGCAUCUCCAGGAGAUUUGCAAUACAAGCAAAACCCCAAAGUUGCCAAAUUCGAUGCGACAGGUGAUAGACUUAUUGCACUCAAGAAUGCCUCGGAAACGUUCCCCGUUGGACGAUCUCUGGAACUGCUUCGAUGGCGUCUCACCAAAAAGGAUGAGAGCUACCUCCCUCUCUCGAUCAAUUGCUGGCCCACGCCCACCGAUGAUGGCUCGUGUGAAGUCAAUAUCGAGUACGAAUUGGAGAACGACAAGUUGACCUUGUACGAUCUGAAAAUCUUGGUUCCUCUUCCAUCUGGGAGCAUACCAAAAGUGGCGAGUGCAACCGGUGAUUGGGAGCACGUCCCUUCCGGUAACCACCUGCUAUGGUCGACGUCCAUUGUUUCCUCUGACGAGGACAAUACAUCGGGUAGCCUCGAAUUCAAAGUCCCCGGUGCUGGAGAUGACGUAUCUGUCUUCUUCCCCGUCAAAGUAGCAUUUGCGGCUGUCGGGACGGUAUCAGAAACCGCCGUUGCUUUGGUCGAAGAAACGUCGUCUGGCUCUGCUGUGGAAUAUUCUACCGAGACAGUACUCAAGGUAGAAGAGUUUACAGUCGGCUAG